AUGGCCCACCGCAUAAUAACCCAAGUCGUCAUAACCGGCUCACGGGUCCUCGGGCGCGCUAUAUCAGAAUCCUGGAAACAAGCCAAAGCCUCCUCAGCAUAUCAAAAAGCGCAACAAUCCGGCUCUGCUGGUGGCGGUGCGGCUUUCUCCUCUAACGGUCUCACACUAGACGAGGCCUGCAAAAUCCUCAAUGUCAAACCACCAAAAGAAGGAAAGAUGGAUAUGGAAGACGUCAUGUCGCGGUUUAAGAAAUUGUUCGAUACGAAUGAUCCGAAGAAGGGAGGGAGUUUUUAUCUGCAAAGUAAAGUGCUAAGGGCGAGAGAGAGGUUAGAGCGGGAGGUGAAGGUUAAAGCGGAAACGCUGGAGAGAGAGGCAGAGCUGAGGGAGGGGUGGAAACCGAAGGUUUUUAAGGACCGGUGA